AGACAGAGACGACGCCAUUCUCGCCUCUCUCUUCUCACUCGCUCUCCAACUUCACGCCAAGACACAGAAAAUAAAUAUCCUCUCGCUCGCCAUUGUUAAGAAACAAAGGGUCCGCAGAUAAGAAAGGACGACGAGAUAAGGACCCCACGGACAAAGUUCGGCAUUAAUGGACAUUAUGGAGGAGAUGGAGACUGGCACUGGUGGUUCAAUCAGCAUGGAAGAGACGCAAAAGAUCUUUGACAAGGGGAGUAAAACUGGCUGGCGGUGUUCAAGUAUGGACCUCAAGGGACACCUUUUCCACAUGUUGGAUAAUUCCAUCAUGAGUGACAUGACCUUUUUGGUCGGAGAAUCCAAGGACUCUGUCCCAGCACACAGGUUUUUGCUCGUGCUCUGGUCGAAAGUAUUUGAAGAGAUGCCGGAUACAGUGGAAAUACCGGAAAUGAGUGUUGCUGCUUUGAGAUCAUUUCUCAAGUUUUUGUACACUGAAGAAUUUGAAGUCUCAGCGGAAGACUUGAUGCCAGUUCUGUGCGCUGCGAAGCGAUUUGAAAUUCCACUAUUGGCUGCGAAAUGUGUGUCCGUGUUGAAGAGUGAGAUCAAGGAUUCGACUUCGGUCAGUAUGUACCAGGCGGCGAAGCUAUUACAGGAGGAGACUUUGGCAGAAGAAUCGCUCAACUACAUUCUUCGGAAUGGAAGUGCCGUCGUACAAGAGGAGGACUUUUUGCUCAUUACCAAUGACAACUUGAAUUUUCUCUUGGAACGGGAUGACUUUGAGGUGGAGGAACUCGAACUAUUUCAAGCAGCUUGCAAGUGGGCACAGAAAGAGUGUGAGAAGCAAGAAAUUGAAGCAACGCCAGAUAAUCAACGUCUGGUUUUGAAGGGAACUUUAAAGAACAUUCGCUUCCCACUCAUGUCUUCAAAGGAUUUCGCGGUGCACGUCGCCCCCACUGAGAUCCUGCAGGAUAAGGAAAUGAUCAGUCUUCUCAUUCAGUACAGCAUCCCUGCUUCAGAACGUGCCGGACUGCCCCUUCUCGCCCAUGGUUUCACUGAUCGUGAACGAAAGAACAAGGAACCACCCAAGAAGAGGGCAAAGACUGGGAGAGCUUCAUUCCCUGACGUGUUGAAGCCAUCUGUCGUGCUCACUUUGGAUGGAGAUGAGAAGAAAGGAGACGACAGUGCUGUUACGAGCAAUGGGGUGAGCAGCCCUACGCCUGGUUCCCUCGGUGUCGGUGGCGACUGGAGGAACCCAAUGGCUGGACUCAAAUUCAACCUCAUGUCCAUGUAUGAAAACCACUACAACUCAGACGUUGUCUUUGUCAUUGGAGAACAGCGUGAAAAAGUGUUUGGACAUAAGUUCAUCCUCGCACUAUGGUCAGCCGUCUUUGAACAAAUGUUCCAAGCUCGAUCGGAUAGUGAUGAACCCAUUGAAAUUAUGAACUUUAAUCCGAGUGGAUUCCGAUCUUUCUUGAAGGUCUUGUACACUGAGAACUUUGAUGUUUCUGUGGAACAAGUGAUGAAUGUCUUCUUCAUUGCCAAGACAUACGAUGUAGCAUUUUUGGGAGAUAAAUGUGUAUCACUCCUCAAGAGCAGUGUUGGUGAUAAUACAUCCAUCAGCAUUUUCCAAGCUGCCAAGGUGCUUGGAGACGAUUCUCUGGCUGAUAUUGCCUGGUCGUACAUUCUAAGACGCGGAUUUGCUGUGGUGAAAGAAAUGGAUUUCCUUAACAUUUCCUACACCAAUUUGUGCACCCUUCUUGAACAGGAUGAUUUGAACGUUGGGGAAACGGAAAUGUGGCAGAGUCUGCUUCGGUGGGGAUCUAAUGAGCUCGAGAAACAGAGUCUCGAUAAGAACGCAGACAACCUUCGCCAGUUGUUGACCAAGGCCAUCGCUCUGAUCCGCUUCCCGCUGAUGUCCGUAAAAGACUUUUCCCUUCACGUUGCACCCACCGAUUUGUUGAGUGAUAAGGAGAUGGUGGGUGUUCUGGUCUACUACUCGCUCCCUCCUUCAGAACGUGCCAACGCAUACCGACUUUCCUUCAACUCUAAGGAACGCAAGAUUCAAAGCGUUCUGGUCCGUGAGCGCAUUUCACUCUGCAACUUGAGUUUAAUGUCCGAUCGCCCAGUGUCCAUCCUUGGCUUCUCCUUCUCUGGACUUGACGCCACCAAGAUUGGCUAUGCCCCCACUUCACUCUACUUAUAUAACAGCAAAAAGGGUGUCAGCUAUGCAACUUCUUACACUGAAAUCAACGUUGCUCCGGAAGGGAAAGAUCGAUUCUCUGUUAAAUUCAAAAUGCCCAUCACCAUUCGACCUAACGAGUGGUACAUCUCGUCAGAAAUGACACUGCAGGGCCGACAAGGAGCCUCUUCAAUUGAGAAGGAAACCUGGGCUACGGUUAAGAAUCGCCAGGCCGAUGUCAACUUUCAGUUCCAAGUGCAUCCAGUUAAGGAUAACAGUGGUGUUUUUGAGUAUGCCGUGCCGGAAGUUAUCUUCAACCUUUUGAAGUGAAAAAAUUUCGAAAUCAGCCAGAGGAUUCAGAAACAACCUUCUUCUGUUGAAACAAAAAACGUUAUUCCAAUUAUUAUUUAAUUUCUUACCAUUAUUAUUGUAAUUAUUCUUAAGACUCGUUGACACAAUUUGAAAUUUAAUUAUUUGCUUGGACCCCCUUUUUCUACUAACUGAACUGAUUUAUUUAAGAUUUUUCUAGUAGAAGAAGGAAUUACUUUUCUUUUUUUGAGUAAAUGUUUCCCAAUUUGAUUGAAAUAACAAAAUUUUUAGUCGUUUUGCGAGAGUUGUCUGAAAGGCAACAAAAGAAAAAUAUUUGAAUUUAUAUUAUAAGUAUAUGUAUACAUAUAUAUCUAUAUAGCUGAUACAUGAGUAGAUCUUACUACACCUAUAUGAGACCUGCAAUGCAUGUUCUCUGUAGUUUGACUGACUUCAUUGCAGAUACAAUUUUUAUUUGUGUUGUAUGUAUGAAUGGAAUCAGAGAUGACGAAUUUUGACAAUUAUUAUUAUACAAGUCUCAAGUCAGUGCACGCAUUGUACUGUUUAUAUCAACAGAUACUUUAAAGAUAAGUUCAAAAUUAAGUUGAUUCUGUCUUGCAAGAAAAUACUAUUACAUAAGCCUUUCGUCAUUAUUAUUGUAUUCAUGCAUACAAGACACUGAUUUGUUUUUAUACGAGAUAUGGAUGGAUCAUUCCUACCUUAAUAUUAUAAUAAUGGAUAAUAGGAGUUAAUAAAAUGUACCUUGUUUGGUUAUGCAGGAGAAGAA